AGCCGGGGGCAGCGGGCGCGGAGCGAGGUGGGCGGCGAGCGGGGCCGCGCCCCGUGCUUUGUGUGCCGGCCGCGGACAAAGGGAGCGCCGCGCCGGCACCCGCGGCACCGGAGCGGGCGGAGCCGCGUGGGACCGGGAUACCGGGGACCCGAACCCCGGGGGGCUUUGGCCGCACUCCCUCCUGCUCCGGGUGGGGACGGGGCUCGCGGCCGGGUCUGCUUUAGGGGGUACGGGCAGAGCCGCCCCCCGCUUGACUCCCGGCUCCCCGCUGCCCCUCGGGCAGGAUGCGUGGGGUCUGCGCGGCGGCGCUGGCCGUGCCCUGGCUGGCCCUGCUGGCACUGGCCCAGCAGCCCCCCGAGAAGCCGGCGGCCGCCCCCCUGCUCACCCGCAGGCCCUUCCUGGUGGCCUGGAACGUGCCCACCCAGGACUGCAAGCCCCGCUUCCAGGUGUCCCUCGACUUCAGCCUCUUCGACCUGCAGGCUUCCCCCAAUGAGGGCUUCGUGGGGCAGAACCUCACCAUCUUCUACAAGGAGCGCCUGGGACUCUACCCCUACUACAACAGCCAGCGUGUGGCUGUCAACGGCGGGGUCCCCCAGAACAGCAGCCUGUCUGAGCACCUCGCACGCCUCCAGGAGGGCAUCGGCAAGUACAUCCGCUCGCCCGCCAAGGAGGGACUGGCUGUCAUCGACUGGGAGGAGUGGCGGCCCAUUUGGGCUCGCAACUGGAAGCCCAAGGACAUCUACCGGGAGGUGUCUAAGCAGCUGGUGUACCAGCGACAGCGUAACUGGUCCCAUGAAGAGGCCAACAAACAGGCUGUGUUUGAGUUUGAGUCUGCCGCCCGGGAGUUCAUGGUGAGCACCCUGCGUGUGGCCAAGAGCUUCCGACCCAAGCAGCUCUGGGGGUUCUACCUCUUCCCUGACUGCUACAACCAUGACUACAGCAAGAACAAGGAGAGUUACACCGGGCAGUGCCCAGAUGUGGAGAAGACACGCAAUGACCAGCUGGCAUGGCUCUGGAGGGAGAGCACGGCCCUCUACCCCUCCAUCUACCUCGACGUGCUCUUGGCCUCUACCCCCAACAGCCGCAAGUUCGUGCGGGCACGGGUGAUGGAGGCCAUGCGGAUCUCACAGCAGCACCAUGAUGGCUACUCCCUACCUGUCUUCGUCUACACCCGGCCCACCUACAUCCGCAAGCUGGACGUGCUCAGCCAGCUGGACCUGAUCUCCACCAUUGGAGAGAGCGCAGCACUGGGUGCAGCAGGAGCCAUUUUCUGGGGUGAUGCAGACUACACCAAAAACCGGGACUCGUGCCAGAUCAUCAAGAACUACCUGGAGAGUGACCUGGGCCGCUACAUCGUAAACGUCACGACGGCAGCGCAGCUCUGCAGCACGGCGCUGUGCCACCGCCAGGGCCGCUGCCUGCGCCAGGACAGCAACGCUGAUGUCUUCCUCCACCUCAACUCCAGCAGCUUCCAGCUGCACCACCGGGAUGGGGACAACCCCCAGCGCCCCCUCUUCUGGGCUGAGGGUCAACUGUCCCCUGCUGACACCUUCUACCUACGGACCCACUUCCGCUGCCAUUGCUACCAGGGCUGGCAGGGCAGCGGCUGCCAGGUGCCUGCUGACUCCAAAAGUGAUGCCCCUGACUUCUUGGCACCACUGGGACUUGGGGUGCUGUUGCUGCUUGCAAGCUGGUGCUACCUCCUCUUGGAUUGAACUGCCCCCUCUGGCACCCCCUUUCUGUGGUGGUGUAGGGGACCUAUUUAAGAUAACUGUGCCUGGGAGGCAGCUUGUUAUGUGGGGAGCUGCUCCUUGCGAGGGCUGGAACAGUGUGGUUGCCCUCCCUCUGCCCUCCCUGCUGUGGGGCAGGUGCUGGAGGGUGGGGAGGCCUCUCCUGUUGUAAGGAGAGAGAUGUGGGGCCCGGGGGCCCUGAGUGGGUGCUGUGUGGUGCUGAUCCCCCGUGCGCUGCCCCACACCGAAGUGCUUUACCUCGAAUAAAGCCGGGUGAGCGUCA